AAAUAUUUUUAAAACAUUUAUUUUAUAUAACGUAUAAUAACUAGAGUCAAUAUGUAACUUUCGAUUAAUACAUCUAUAUAAUAUCCGUAACUAUUACAUACUAUUAGAAUAUUUAAUUAUAUAUUUAAUUUAUUUAGCGUAAUUUUGCAAUAUUAUUAUAUUAUUACUGAAAGAUGAUUAUAUUAAAAUUUAAUCAAUUAAAAAUAUAAAUUUGACAAAAACGUAGUUUUAAUAUUAUUUUAUAGACAUAAUAUACGUAUCUUAUUUAAUUUGUAAGUUUCCUCUCUAUCUCCAUUCUCUUAUAUCAUAACCAUAGACAUAACACAUGAGAAUAAAUUGUGUCAAGUUUCUUACCGCUGUCAUUUGACGAACUUUCAUUAUCCAUUGUAUCGAAUUUGUUUUUUAGGUGAUAUUUAAACUGUUUAAUUAAUUUACAGUUAAAAGGUAUGGCGGAUACGACAGUGGACGCUACACGUCGUUUAAAUGUUAAAAAACAGACUCUGGAUGACGCUUAUGCAGCGCCUGCAAAUUUUCUUGAAAUUGAUGUGAUUAAUCCAAUCACACACGGCGUCGGCAAAAAACGAUACACUGAUUAUGAAGUUCGCAUGAGGACAAAUCUUCCAGUUUUUAAAGUAAAAGAUUCCACAGUAAGAAGAAGAUAUAGUGAUUUUGAAUGGUUAAGAACUGAAUUAGAAAGAGAUAGCAAGAUAGUAGUGCCUCCAUUACCUGGAAAGGCUUGGAAACGUCAAAUGCCAUUUCGAGGAGAUGAUGGUAUUUUUGAAGAAGAUUUUAUUGAAGAUCGAAGAAAAGGUUUAGAAGCUUUUGUUAAUAAAAUAGCAGGACAUCCAUUAGCACAAAAUGAACGAUGUUUACAUAUGUUUCUACAAGAACCUGUAAUAGACAAGAAUUACGUACCUGGAAAAAUACGUAAUACAUAAGUUACAAUAAUUCUUA